GAAGAAGGCGCCCGGAAGGUCAGUGUGUGAAGGUGGUAGUGGAAACGCGGGUUUGGCCCCGGUGUUGCCGUGGGUGCCACGGCCUAGUUACACGACCCCGGCCUGAGGUGACGGUGGGAAGCCCACGGCAGUUAGCUGCGACGUCAUGGAGGGCGGCGGGGGAAGUGGCAACAAGACCACGGGCGGCCUAGCCGGCUUCUUCGGAGCGGGAGGAGCCGGGUACUCGCACGCGGAUCUGGCCGGUGUCCCACUAACUGGUAUGAAUCCCCUGUCUCCCUAUUUAAAUGUGGAUCCACGAUAUCUCGUUCAGGAUACUGAUGAGUUUAUUUUACCAACUGGAGCUAAUAAAACCCGGGGAAGAUUUGAACUAGCCUUCUUUACCAUUGGAGGAUGUUGCAUGACUGGGGCUGCAUUUGGGGCAAUGAAUGGUCUUCGGCUAGGAUUGAAGGAAACCCAGAGCAUGGCCUGGUCCAAACCAAGAAAUGUACAGAUUUUGAAUAUGGUGACUAGGCAAGGGGCACUUUGGGCUAAUACUCUAGGUUCUCUGGCUUUGCUCUAUAGUGCAUUUGGUGUUAUCAUUGAGAAAACACGAGGUGCAGAAGAUGACCUCAACACAGUAGCAGCUGGAACCAUGACGGGCAUGUUGUAUAAAUGUACAGGUGGUUUUCGAGGAGUGGCACGAGGUGGUCUGGCAGGACUGACACUUACCAGCCUUUAUGCACUGUAUAACAACUGGGAGCACAUGAAAGGCUCCUUGCAUCAACAGUCACUCUGAGAUUUUUGCCACCUCAGGAAUGGGGGACAUUUCAUAGUCAUCCAGAUCAAGUCUGGAGUUGCUUUCUCUCAUGUACCUACAAUUACUUUGAACAAUUGGAGAUUCUCAUUUGCUGUGAUCAUGGAUGGUUGCCCAGGAUCAUACUACUUGCCCUUAGUGAGUUGCAGCCAAACCCUUUGGUGGCUCACUGAGUAAUGUGUUUUUUUCUCCUUUGGAGAUAUCUUGUACCCUUUCUCUUUCCUACCCCCUAAACUGGAAAACCAUUCAGGUCAUACUUACUUUUCAACAUUUUAUCACCAUGUUUAUUCUUAAAAGUCUGAAACUAAUGCUGCCCUAUAUUCCAAAUAAAGGGUGAAAAUAGAACCAAAGUUAUAAUGCCAAUAUAAAAUAUGAUAUCUCUGUUUCAAAACAUUUAAGUGGCUGGGAAGAUGGUUCAUCAGGUAAAACACUUGCAAGUGUGAAUACCAGAGUUUGGAUCCUCAGCAUCCACAUAAAUGGAUAUAACCCAUUUAUAUGGAUGCAACCCACCUGUAAUCCCAGCACUCAGGAGGCAGAUACAGAAUCCUUGGAGCAAGCUGGCUAGCUAGACAAAUUAGUGGCUCUAGGUUCAAAUGAGAGACUUUGCUUUCAGUAUAUAAGGUAGAGAGCAAUUGAAGACACUCAGCCUGUGGUCUACACACAAAAACGAAACAAAAAAUACCUGAGUAUAAGUUAGACACUCUUGGUGCUUUUUUUCCUGCCUAAAUUAAGCUAAAACAAUGUAUUUUCAUGUUUGUAUUGAAAUGAAGGGCUAAAGGUGUCGUAAACAACUUGG